AUGAGUCUCAUUGGAAAAAUUGCCAUCGUCACCGGAGCCUCCCGCGGCAUCGGGGCUAGCAUAGCUAUUGAACUAGCACGACAAGGAGCAAAGGUCGCCUUAACCUAUUCCAGCCCUGAAAGCGAAAGCGACGUGGACGAAGUCCUCUCGAAAAUUACAUCCCUAUGCAACGGAUCCGCAGCGAUAAAAGUCCUCGCCGAUCUGAAAGAUCCCAAAGCCGUGGACAAGGUCAUAUACGCAGCGCUUCCAGCCUUCCCAACAGCAGACAACAAGAUUGAUAUUCUUGUGAACAACGCAGGGGUUCCCCAUCACGAGACACUAGUCAACACCAGCCCCGAGACAAUCUCCUCCGUGUUCGACGUCAACGUCCACGGCACGAUCCGUAUGACCAAGGCUGUGAUCCCGCAUCUGCGUAGCCCGGGCCGUAUCAUCAAUAUUGGUUCGAUUGCUGCCCGUCGCGGCGCAACGGGUUAUUCAAUUUACUGUGCGUCGAAGGCGGCGGUGGAGGGGUUCACUAGAGCGUUGGCAUGUGAGCUCGGUCCGGAGGGUCAUACGGUUAAUGUGAUUGAGCCUGGUGCUGUGGAGACGCGGAUGUUGAGAGAUAUGCCUGCGGAUGUGCUGGAGUAUGUGAAGAUGAGUACGCCGUUGGGGAAUCGUUGCGCCGCGCCUGAGGAGAUUUCUCGCGUGGCAGUUUUCUUGGCUGGGGAGGAUGCGGGAUGGGUGACCGGCCAGACAAUUUGUGUUAGUGGUGGGCUGGAGAUGAUUUGA